AUGAGAAGCAAUGGAAGCACUGUGACAUCUAAAUGCCUUCAGUCUGCAAACAAGAACCAUUCUCUUAACUCAAUACAUAGUGACACUUUAACUAAGCUUAAAGAACAAAUAUCAAGUAACACAGGUGUAUAUUGCCAUAAAGAUAAAGACAUUGCUGCAUGUGCUGAUAAUAUUAAGAAGAUACUUGAGUGGCAGUUCACAAUAACCGAGGAGAAAGAACUCAUUGCCGCUCAAAUUCAAACUGGAAUAAUGGUUGUAUUUGAUCCAGAGCUUAAUUCUCACUUUGUUAUUAUCUCAGCUUCAUUGCUCAAUGGAAUAAUGAAAGUUGGAGUUCGAUCUUCCUUAAAUAGCAGAUUAACGAGAAUUGGAAUGAAAAGUAUCUCAGGUCCAAUUGCUGAGCGUAUCCAAGAUAAGACAUUCCUUAACCAGUACAGAGCGAUGAAGAGAAAAUGGACAGUUCGUGAACCAUCAGAUUUCUUCAACAAAUAUAUGCCAGCUUUCGUAAUGGCAAAAUCUGAAGCAGAGCAAGCUGAAAAAACCAUUCUCGGAGAUAUUUCUAACCUCCUUGGAGACUUGUUCUAUGACUUCGAUACAGCUGAUGAAUGCAUUUUAGCUGAAAUGAAUGUCGGAGCAAAUUGA